AUGCCUCCAAAACCGUCAGCUAAAGGAGCCAAGAAAGCCGCCAAAGCCCAGAAGAGCCGCACUGGAGACAAGAAGAAGCGAAAGGGAAGAAAGGAAAGCUAUUCUGUCUACAUCUACCGCGUUCUGAAGCAAGUUCACCCCGAUACUGGCGUCUCCUCGAAGGCCAUGUCUAUCAUGAACUCGUUCGUCAACGAUGUAUUCGAGCGGAUUGCUAUCGAAGCUUCACGUCUGGCACAAUACAACAAAAGAUCUACCAUCUCAUCACGUGAAAUUCAAACCGCUGUUCGUCUGAUUCUGCCCGGAGAACUUGCCAAGCAUGCUGUAUCCGAAGGUACCAAGGCUGUUACCAAGUAUACCUCAACCAAGUGA